AUGGCUUUGCCUCAAAUCUUGCCAUCCACCUCUUCAUCGGCGAUUCCGAACAACAAAUCCCACUUAAACCCUACUAAUCACCACUCCAACAAUCCCGUUAAACCCUUCUUCCUCUCCCAGCCACCUAUCCACCGCCGCCAAUGGCGGCGGAAACCCAUGUCUCUCCGCUGCUCCGCCUCCUCAUUCUCCGAGAAACACCACACCAACCAACCCAAACUGAGCGACGACCGUUUUUUCUUAAUCUGUAAAGGGCAGGAGAGGUUCCGAGUCACGAAACUGGUUCGGACCAAGCCGUAUUUGGUAGCGGAGGUGGUGUGGCUGGAGGACCGGCCGUCGGCUAAUGGGGAUGAGGAUUUGAAUGCUUUGGCGGAUGAGGUGGAGACGUAUAUGAAAGACGUGAUUCGUCUAUCAAACAGGUUGAAUGGGAAGCCGGAGAAGGAAGUUCAGGACUUGAGAAGGAACUUAUUCCCGACGCCUUUUUCGUUUUUUGUUGGGAGUACGUUUGAAGGGGCGCCCAGGGAACAGCAAGCGUUGCUGGAAUUGGAGGAUACAGCAAUGAGAUUGAAAAGGGAAAAGGAGACUUUGAGGAAUACUUUGAAUUAUUUAACUGCAGCUUCUGCAGUGAAGGAUGUUUUUCCAUCAACUUAA